AUGAAGAAAGGCUGCGCUUUGGCUUUAUCAUUGAUAUUUGCCAUUAUAGUAUUGAUCAUCUCAGCAGUGCUGCUAGGUGUCUCAUUUGGAGAUGUUAGCCUCAGAACAAGUGCUAUAAAAAUCCAAUCGAUAUCUAAACAGAUCGAAGCUGGCAUAGUAUAUCAGCCUGGAAAAUAUUAUAUCAAUCCCUAAUAUAAAUUCAUAGAUUACUCAACUCAAUGGACUUGGAUCACAUUUGGAGCAGGAGGGGAUAGUGCUGCCAUAAAUUCCAAGACUUCCAAUCCUUCAAAUGUUUAUUUAGAAGUAGCUAUUUUAUACAGGAUAAGAGAAGAGUACCUCCAUGAAAUUUAUAAAAAAUGGCCUACCAAAAGCAACCAAAGAGAUUAUGUCUUGUUUGCCAAGGAUGCUAUUUAAAAGGUACCUGAAGAUUAUUCAAACAAUGACUUCUUUACCCAGAGAGAGAAAAUCGAGCAAGUAAUGGGUUCAAAAGUGAACUAGGUUUUUAGAAGCAAUUAUGCUGAAGUUAUAGCAUUUUUAAUAACAGAUGUGCAGCUGGACAAUACCUUUGAAGCAUCUAUUGAGAAUCAACAGUCUUCCAAAAGAGCAGCCGAGACUGCCAUUCAGCAAUAGGUUAUUGAUGUACUUCAAGGGCAAAUCAGUGUUAUUCAGUCUCAGUACGCAAGUAAAGUUGCUUAAAUUUCUGCCGACACUAGCAAGUAAAUAAAGAUUAUCAAUGAAGUUGCAAACUCCAAUAGUCAAUCAAGAAUCAUUGAAGCUGAAGUAAGUCUUAUUAUUUCCUAAAAAUCUUAGAGAAUUGGUUAUUCUGCUAUCAAGAGUCAAAAUAGUUUUUCUCCGGCAUAGAUUCUACAAUAUAAAUACUACAGAAAGGUGUUUGUAACUCCAAGUGGAGGGGUUUCGGUCGGUACUUGA